UCCACACGGGCCACAGUAGUAUAGGAGAGAAUGCAAAAGGGGUGCCACAGCGAGCAACAGAGGAGAGACGCUUGACGGGAUUCAGCGACGAAAGUUUGUCUCUGACGGGAACCUUUGGGAGAGACACGGGAAAAUUACUGCCGCUGUUGCAGGGAAGAGAGUCAAGUGAAGGAAAACUGCGUCUGUGGAAUACUUGGUCUGUUUCCCCACUUCUGCUAUCGAAAAUGAAUGCAAUAGUGAUACUCACCACCGUGGCAAGCUCACUGUUCGCGGUGGCGUCCUCUUCGGAAUGCUCGGCGGGACAAGUAACCAACUAUCGGUUCCAGUGUCAGACGGAGGUGAAAAACAUGGAGGACUUUAAGGACGCUCCCGCUCUGGAACAUCUGCAGAAAUCGAACCCCGAGCAUCAUAAGAUCGGGUGUUGUAUGGAGAAAGCGUUGGCGCAGUGCUACAGGAAGAUGCUCACUGGAGAGUGUGCAGGCCUCGUUGAUGGCUUCAUCAAGAACAACCAGCACACGUUGAACACCAUAUUCGACGGUAGACGUUGCGACUACAAGUGCCCCAACGGAAGCUACCUGCUGAAACCCACGUGGGCUUUAGUCACCGCCUUUAGCUUGUUGUACUUUUUGAACGGCAAACUGUAGCUGCCCGAGUAUGAUGAGACAACUUUUGCGAAAGGCUGCCCGCUAUAGCGCUUGUGCUCGCUGCAAUACUUCACGUAAUGGUGAUUGGUGUUCAGCUCAUUCUGAUGGUUUAACAAAAAGUAACGGGACGGUUUCACAUUGCACUAGUUGAAAAGUUUCAACGCAUUUACGUACCUGGAGCGCUUCAUGAUUG